AUGGCGUCGUCCACGAAAAGAGACAUCGUGAAAGAAACGCAACCGGUGAAAAAAGCGAAAAAGACCAAAAAUGAAGCAGAUGAAUCUGACCUCCUAACUGUUCCCGAUGGCUGGAAGGAGCCACAGUUUACCAAAGAGGAUAACCCCCGCGGCAUGUUGGAGGAGAGCAGCUUCGCCACCCUGUUCCCUAAAUACAGAGAGGCCUACCUGAAGGAGUGCUGGCCACUGGUUGAGAAGGCUUUAGCAGAGGUGCACAUCAAAGGCUCCUUGGACCUGAUAGAAGGAAGCAUGACAGUUUGCACCACCAAGAAAACAUUUGAUCCUUACGCCGUCAUAAGAGCCAGAGAUCUCAUCAAGCUGCUGGCCAGGAGUGUCCCGGUCGAACAGGCUGUGAAGAUACUGCAGGAUGACGUGGCAUGCGACAUCAUCAAAAUUGGCACCAUGGUGAGAAACAGAGAGCGGUUUGUCAAGCGAAGACAGCGGCUGAUUGGCCCCAAAGGCUCUACUUUGAAAGCGUUAGAGUUGCUGACCAGUUGUUAUGUCAUGGUUCAGGGCAACACAGUGUCAGCUGUUGGGCCUUACAGCGGCCUGAAGGAGGUACGUAAAGUGGUGAUGGACACGAUGAAGAACAUCCACCCCAUCUAUAACAUCAAGACCCUUAUGAUCAAGCGGGAACUGGCCAAAGAUCCUGACCUGCGGGUACAGAACUGGGAACGCUUCUUGCCGAAGUUCCGCCACAAGAACCUUGCCAAGCGCAAGGAGCCCAAGAAGAAAAGUGUGAAGAAGGAGUACACGCCGUUCCCUCCGGCACAGCCCGAAAGCAAGGUUGACAGGGAGCUGGUUACUGGGGAAUUCUUCCUCCGUGAAAGUGUGAAAAAGAGGAAGAAGAUGGAAGAGAUCAAGGUCAAACAAGCAGAAGCGCUGACUAAGAAACAGGAAGAGCGAAAUAAAGCUUUCAUUCCACCCAAAGAGAAACCUUUACUGAAGAAAACCAGAAAAGCUCCUACGGAUGGCAAAAUAGAUAUGGACGCCAUCAAGGAGAAGGUGAAAAAAGCCAAAACCAAGAAACUGGGAGCUCCACCGCUGAACCUUGUUCCUGAAACCAGCAGCAGGUCUGACAAAAAGAAGAAGAAAAGCAAAAGCUAACCAACCAGGAGAGUUAUUCACCGGACAGAGUGAGAACACUGGACGCUGGGACAUACAGUGUGUGUUUGGAUCUGACCAAAGCGAUGCAUCGCUGAGUUGCAGGAACUUUGAAGUAUUCAAGUUGACGUGGUGCGACAGACUUCCUGUUUGUAUUGUGUAUGUGGUCACCAGUGCUUCAUUGUAGUGAUGCAACUUCCUCUGUGCUUAUCUCUUAAGCAGCUCUUACACUGACUGACUUCGGUGCCGAGUUUUCCCACGAGGUACACCAGGGCGGGUCUUGUGUUCGGCAUAGGCCAACACAAGUCAGAAAAGGUGUGUUAAACUCGUGAAGGUUUUGAACAGGUUCAAAGCUUUCAGGAGUGCAGCUAGACUCACAGUCGCUCAGCUUGCGGUGGCUCAGUGCAUUUUACUGUCCAAUUUUCACAGCGUGCAUGGAAA